CAAGGUGAUCAAAAUCCAGCCCAGCAUCUUCACAUAAUUAUUUAAAAGAAAAACAGAAAACAUCGAUACAUUAAGAAACAGCCAUGUUCCGCAAAGAGCAAAAGCAGUAGAGUGAAAAAGUAGCACUUGUGUCUCAAAGCAAGAAGGGACUUGCACAAACAAAACAAAGCCAAAGAAAAGAAAUCGAAGAUCACAGUCUUCACUUCAAGCACUAUGUCUCGCCCUGCACACAGAAGACCAGAAUACCAAAAAAUAAACAAAGACCUCUUUGUCCUCACCUAUGGAGCUCUUGUUGCACAACUGUGUAAGGAUUAUGAAAAAGAUGAAGAUGUGAAUAAAUAUUUAGAUAAAAUGGGAUAUGGUAUUGGAACACGGCUGGUGGAAGACUUUUUGGCUCGAUCUUGUGUGAGAAGAUGCCAUAGUUACUCAGAAAUUAUAGACAUAAUUGCUCAGGUUGCUUUCAAGAUGUAUUUGGGAAUUACACCCAGUGUGACCUGCAACAAUUCAAGCAGAAAUGAAUUUUCCCUGAUUCUAGACAAGAACCCUCUGGUGGAGUUCGUUGAAGAGCUCCCUCCUGGGCGAUCUUCUCUGUGCUACUGCAAUUUACUCUGUGGGAUUAUCAGAGGUGCCCUGGAAAUGGUUCAUUUGGCUGCUGAUGUUACAUUCUUGCAAGACAGACUAAAAGGCGACAGUGUGACAGAAAUAGGAAUAACAUUUCUGAAAAAGCUAGAUGAGAAAAAAUACAGACGGAAAAAAUGAAGAAUAGCAUGCAAAAUGCCACAGGCUGGCUAAUUGAGCUAAACAUAUAUAGCCAUUGAAAUUUUGAAUGCUUAAUAGCAUGGGUUUUAAAAGGCUUAUAAAUCUGCCAGAGAUUUAAAUUGCAGGGCACUAGUAUAUAAAGCUAUUUUUUUCCUUUUGCUUAUAAAUCACACAUUUUCAAUUUCAUGUCAAGAUUUCAAUUACAAAUAACUCCUUAUAAGAUAGCAAGCAUGAAUUGCACAUAUUACGUAGUCUAGCCUAAGAGGUCUAGUCAUUUUAUUUAUUUAUGGUAACAGAAAAAAAGUGUCACCUAUAUAGGUGAUGUAUUUAUCUCUUCUCAAUGGAAAAGUGGAUGAAAUAAUACAACAUAGGGUUCACUAUAUUUAGUUUCUAGAUACUGUACAUUGCAUUCUCUAUAGAAACAGUUCUAUUUGUAGCAAUCUUCCAUAUAUUUGAAAAACUAUAGAUGUGAUUUUUCUCAUAUAUUGGCUUGGCUUAUUGCUUCAGCCUCCUGAAGCUAUUUUUGAUUUGUAAUCAACAAGGCAAGAUAUUUAUUUGGAUGCCAGUUCUGAAACAUUUAAAAACAACAUUUGCUUUUAAUUCAUUUAAUUUAUUUAAUUUUUAGGUAGCUGGCAUUCACCAACUUCUUUUUCCUCUUCUCAUGAAAUAUUGGUGAUGGUGAGGUCAGAAAAUCUCUAAAAUGAGAGGUGAAUAAUGUUCUUUGAGAAUACUAUCUUACCUGUCUUAGCUUAUUCAGUUAGAAUUUUUACUGCCAUUUUUAUCCCCUAAAAACUUCACAAAGUAUAUUUUGUCCAUGACCAAAACAUAUUUAAAAUUCAGAAUGUACUGGAUGAAAUAAACAAUAUUCUUCGCCAGACCAUCAGCAUACAAGGGCAACCUAUAUGGCAGUCCAGAAUCUACUGGAUUCUGCAGAGAACUCAAAUUAAAAGUUACAGUUAGUAACACCACCAGUUAAAAUGGGUGUAAGUGACAUGGUCGUGAUAGACCUCAACUAGGACUCAGGCGCCUCAAGAUACAGUCCUGGUUCUGUUUCUAGUGGCUUCAGGUGAUGCUGACUAGUGACUGAUCCUGGGUAAGACGUGAUACCUAUCUAAGGUGUAUAAUCUCUCUCUCUCUCUCUCUUUCUCUCUCUCUCUCUUUGUAAAAUGAGUGGAUAGGAUAUGAUAACUAUCUAAAAUUAUAUAAAUGUGUUUAAAUGACAUCAAUAACAGCUGAAAUUCCACAUUUUUAGACUUUAAGAGACUAUAGGAAAUUGAUUGUUCCCCACCUACUCCACUGUCUCUUUAAAAGGACGUUGACGUAGGUAUUAAGGACCAAAUAGGACCACUGGGGCAGGUGUGGCAUCAAUGGAAGGACCUUCAAACCAGUUCCACACAAGACCAGGAAUAGAAUCUGGAAACUUGAUCAAUGCAGAGAUUUUUAUUAUCUUGGAAAAGCUAAAGGGGAAGAAAGGUUUGGGGCAGACAGAUAGUUUAGAGCUUUCAAUUGACAUCACCAAAUUGUUACUUAAGCUGUUUACUGAGGAGGCCUGCCUAUUGCCUAUUUAAAGUUGCCAGGAAUCAGGAAUACGUCCCUCAGCAGCCCAUACACUUAUUUAUUGUCUUCUCAAAUCUCUCCAGUUCAUCUAUUAGUUAUUAGAAGCCUGGAUCUCUUUAGCAGUUGAAAUGGGCUAUUGUGAAUAAGUGGAAAGUUCCUUCUUCUCCCUGUUUAUGAAGGACCAAGCAUCUUCCUGCAACUCCUUUACUUCCUCUUUUAUUCCCUCUUCCAUAUCCUUUAUUUUAAUUAUGCUUCAUGUAAUGAACAUUUGUUGGCUACCUAUACCUUUCUGCCUCCUGAUAGAACGGCAAUUUUCCGUUCAGGUGCCCACCGUUUCUUUAUUAGGCAACCUAUCCACUUCAGGGGAAGUCAUCCCCUGCUCCAUGCUAUCACCUGGACACAGAGUCUCAUUCUCUGUUUAAAACCAGCCUCUUGCCAACUGGAUCUAAGCCAAUCAGGACACGGCAUUCCCCAGACCACAAUCAUUGCUGCUAACAUAGGGAGGAGGGCAAAGUUGACUGGACUGAAGGGAAGAAAUCCUGUGUUUUACAUGAACCAAUAAAUGUACUGUAUUCUUUAAGAGAGUAGUUUGGGUUUCUGUUAUGGUAAUGCAAUAAAGUUCAUUGCAUGAUAAAUAUGUAAUAGAUAAUUUGCAACGUAUCGGAGAAUACCAAAGAGAAUAAACUGUUUAUUAUUAUAUUUUUCACAUGGUUGAAUACUCAAUGAAAUAGAAUUUGGAUUUGCAGUAGCUCUCAUACUCACAGAGAGGAAAGGGUUAUAGGAAGGAGAAAAUAGAAAAACUGCAUUAUAGUUUGCAUCUACCCAGCACGCACGUCCCAGAAAAGAUUCUCUAGGGAGAAGACAUUUUAUAUAAGGGCAGUGGAAGCUGUUUAAAAACAAAACAAAACCUUAUAGAUUUCCCAUCUUUGCUUCAACUAUUUCCACUGGAAACUUAAAUCACAUCAGGAGUCACUUGAGAAGUCCAAAGUCAGAACAAUCCUCUGAUUUUUGGAGCCUCCCAGUGGCCUAAAUCUUUCAAGCCAGCAGGCUGUAUUUAGUGACUGGCUAUUUCAGUGUAGUAUGUGAAUCACAUAGAUUUCAAUGACUUAAAAGAGGAAAUGCUUAUUCCCAAUGACUUGUACACACCAAAUAAUAUAAACACCUGAAAAUGCUGCUUUCUUGGUUUUAGAUUCUAUUAAGAUUUUUAUCAGGUGCUAGGCGCAUUAAUUUUGUGGUAUGUCACUUAAUUUUCAGAACAAUCUGAGAUACUAAGUUGGUAAUAGUCCGGGGCUAUAUAUGAAACUACGAAGGAGCUAAAUUUGCCAGCACUUCAAGUGCAUUAAGAUGCGAGCUGGUGAGUAAAGGCAGCUGGCAACCACUCCUGCGUGUCGAGUUUGGGAGGCUGAGUAGGGACCACAGGAAGUGGAGCCAGAUUAGGAAAUAAACUAAUACAUUUUGAAUAUUUUGAGUUUAAGGAAACUUUGAAACAUCUAAACAACAGUAGGAGCUCAGAAGAGAGAUCUGAACUGAAGAUGGACUUUGGAGUCAUUAGUAUAUGGGCAAUAGUGCAGGUAGUGGGUGUCAUGGCAACAUCUGGGGGGAGCACAGGCUUGAGAAAAAUAUAGGAGCAAAGGUAGAAUCUCAAGAAAAAUCACAUUCAAAAGCCAUUAAGGAAAGAAGAGCACAUGUAGGGCCAAAUUUUCAGUCAGCAAUGUAGAUGGGAGAAACUGGUUACACUGAAACCAAGAGUGUUUCAAGGAGAAUAGAGUGGUUAAAAGUACUGGAUGCCACAGAAAAGCCAAGAACGUUAGGCCAGAAAGGGAUGUUGGGUUUGAUAAGGAGAAGGUCUUUGCCUCAGGAGUUACAGAACAAGACGGAGGCCGCAGCCUCAUUGUGUUGGAUUGAAGAGUCAACAGGAGGUGAGAUAUGGUGGAUAGAUGAUUCUUGGAGAUUGACUGUAAAUGGAAAGAGACAUAGGAUACUCAGCACAAAGUUAAGCUGUUUACUCUUUUAUUUUUACUUUUUAAGAACGCAGGCAUUUGAAAAUAGAGGAGAGAGGGAAUGAUUGAUGAAGCUACGUUGUAAGGAGGUAUAAGAGGGCGGGAUCCAGCUUUUAAGAGAAAGAUUUGAUUCUGAACUACGUAAAGAUUUCCCUUUCCCCUGAAAAAAGUGAUGAAGGUGAGAGUGGGCAUAGAUGGGAAUGGGAUUGAAGGUUUAGGAAGGACCUGGCUAGAACUCAUGACUCUUGGCUCAGUCUUCCCUCAAAGCAAGAUUCAAUGUCUGUGUGGAGAUGGAGGUGGGCAGAGGCUGGAUAAGGCUAUCUUCUGCUGUAGGCCACCUGUCAUACUCUCUGCUAUCACAUCCAGAUGUAGAAAACACCCCAGCCUUCAGGUUGAACAAUCAUACACAUGCCUGGGGAGAAAAUACACAGAAACUUUGCUUUCCCUGUCUCCAACACAAAGGGGCAGGGCGGGGGGUAAUAUUCUGACUGGAUGCACUUCCUUGAGACCACAGGAAUCACAAGCAGGACUUCCUCUGUCUCUGAAGGAGAUAGGGAGAUUUGGCUGUUGGUUCCUUUAGGGAGCUUUUCCAUGCAGUGAAUGGAUUGUGGCUACGAAGCUGCCCCAGGUACUCCUGCAUCCUGAAACUGCUCAUGGUUCAUAAAUAGAAAUGAUUACUGAAGAAAACCACGGACAGCCACAUAACUGGACUGCGAAAACUUGUAGGGAGGUUUUCCCAAGGUUGUAAAAGAAGUAGCAUUCCUCCCCCUUGGGAAAGACUUUCGAAAGUUUGCACGGAAUCCUGUGGAAAACUGACAAAUGCCACUGUUGAAAAAAUGUUCCCAGGAAAGGCAGCACAAAAGCUGGAGCCAAUAAAUAAAAGUGUCCACAGACAUAAUUUUCACUUCUCCAGAGAUAACUAAAAAUCGACAGAAGGAGGAAAAUCCCCACCCCACUGUCAAUAGUCCCUAAAUAUUGUCUGGAAGAGGCCCACGUCUAAAUAACGUAUCCUUCAACCUUCCUGAGGUGAAAAAUUGCCCUAUUAAACUUUUCUGAAUCCCUGCUGGGUGAAGUCCCUCAUGAGGGUAUCAAAUCAAAAUGAAUAAAUAGGGGGAAAGGAGCCCUGAAACUAGUUGCUCUAGUUUAGACAGCUCAAAGGGCAAUUUUUUUGCCAAGAAUUUAACUUCUCCAGGUCCAACAGUUGAUUAAGAUGGUAUUUCUAUGCAUGGAACGAGCCAGCUGUCUCUUGGCAAAGACUUGUACUCUAUAAAGUUAAAUGUAGUUGAACAUAAUUGAACUAAUUAUCAACAAUAUACCUUGUAGCUACAUUUUAGAGGUACAAAUAUUUGUGGCAAAUUUGGCUUGGAGGCAGGGAGACAAACCAUGCAAUAACUCAGAAAGUUCUUUCUAGUUCUAUGAUGGUAGGCUUUAUAGAAAAAGCUAUAAAGAUAAAAGUUUACAUGUAAGACCAAACUUGGUCUUGCAGGUUAUCUGACGUAUUCUACUUUUUUUAAUUAAUGAAGGUACUGAGACAGGGAAGCUUGAUAAUGAUGUCAUGAGGACGAACCCAGGGAAGAGCAAAUAGAAUAAAUAAGUGUUAAUACCUGGGAUUGUUUAUUCUUAUAGAGACACAGGCAUGUUCUAGUACUCACUACCUCUUUAAGGACAUUACUUUAUCACUUACCCCUCUCUCCUUCUUCUUGGCUCCUUUUCAUAAGCCUAAAAGUAUGAUUAAGUCCUUAUCAUCCUAGAAAAGAAAACAUUCUCCUGACCCUGCUUCCCUGACAGGCCACCAAUGCAUUCCUCAUCCUUCACUGACAAACUUUAAGAAAAUAUGUCAUAGCAGACAGAAUGUUCUAUAGACUGAUGUCUCCCCCUAAAUUUCAUAUUUGGAAGCCCUGAUCCCCAGUAUGAUAGUAUUUCAAGGUGGAACCUUUGGUAUGUAAUUAGGGUUAGAUUAGGUCAGGAGGGUGGGGCCCUAAUGAUGGCAUUAAAGUUCUUAGAAGAAGAGAAAGAGAUACAAGAUCUUUCUCCCUUUGCUCUGUGGGGAUACAACAGGGCGGCCAUCUGCAAACCAGACAAUGAAGCUGCUAUCACCUUGAUCUUGGCCUUCCCAGACUCCAGAACUGUGAGAAAUAAACGAUUUAAGCCAUCAAGAAUAUGGAAUUUUGUUAUAGCAGCCCAAACUGAUGAAGACAGCGUGCCAGGUUUGAAACUGGACAAUCCUAUGUAAAAAUGCUCACCUUAAAUUUUUCCAUCAUGAUUCUUCUCCUGUACUUCAGUCGGCUGUUAAUUCUAAACCUCCUUCAUUCUCCUCCACUUCCUCUUCCUUCCAAAUAUUUUUAUACACACAGGCUCCAUGGUUGGCUCUUUUCUUAAGGCAGAAAUUCCACCUGGACAGUGAGUGUAACCCUUACACAGAAAACCUCUCCUCUCCACCCUCUUCACCCAUCUGCUCCUAUUAUCUACUAGUCACUCAAUCUACAUGUCCCAGAAGCACAUAUUUGGGUAUAAACUCAACUCUAUUUUCUCUCAUCCCCUGCUAAAUCUCUUUUCCUUCAAUAUUUCAUUACCUAGUUAAUGACCCCAUUGUCAAAACUAAAAACCUAUUACCUUUUCACCUCUUCCUCUUUCUUACUAUUUACAUCUAGUCUGUCACCAAGUUCUUCUAAUUCUACAUCCUAAACUCCUCUUGAUCUUUCUUUUCCUCUUAUUUCAGCGGCUCAUCUGUACUGCUUCUUAACUACAGGAGGGUUUCUCACCUCUAGUUUCAACUUCCAUUUCACUCGAAUUAAAUGAUUUCUAAAAAAUACAAAGUAGAGAGUGGUACAACUGCACUGCAAACCUCUCAGAGGUUUUUCCGCCUACAGGAUGUAAUAUUAGAACAUUAUACUCCUUAUCCACCAAGUGAAAUCCAACUCAUCAACCUCCUGCAUAUGUCACUUACUCAAUGAAGACCAUCCUAACUGAACCAUCUCUGCACCCCGCCUCUGGACUAAGUGAGUUGCCCCCAAUCUCUGGUUUCUUUAGUACCUUUUAUUAGGUUGGUGCAAAAGUAAUUGCGGUUUAAAAGGUUAAAAAUAAUUGCAAAAACCGCUAUUACUUUUGCACUAACCUCAUACCAAUUCCUACCUUAUAUGCUGAGUAUUUUCCUACAUAUCUUUCCUCCCAGUUUAUCUAUGAGUUACUCUUUGGCAAAGAGCACAUCUUAUUUACAAGUAUCUUUGUAUUUGCAGAACCUGGCACAGUCCUUGACACUCAGCCAAUACCAGAUAGUAUUUUCUGAGUGACAUAUAUACAAAAUGAAUGAAUGAAUGAGAUGAUAACCUACAGAUCUAAUUGGCCAACCGUGGAAGAUUAUUUGCCCUUUUAUGUUGUUCAUUUGGCCUUCUAUUGUUAAUGUCAAGCUUUUAAAACAAUGUUCUCUAAAAUACCAAUAUAAAGCACAUGGAAUAUGCCCUUAAUAUAGACUCCUUUGGUCAUGAGGAUAUCUAGGAUGUCUCAACUGAUUAUGCACAGCACCCUGAAAUUUGCUUUGCUCAAGAAGGUGGGGAUUAAGCUGGAGAUCAUAACUUUACUGAAUAUUUGGUCUGCCCCUUAAUUUUCUGGAGUGGCCAGAGUUUUCAUGACAAAAAGGAAAAAGAUCAUUAUUUUACAUGUCCUUUUGUUUCUUCAAUGGAUCAUUUUCUUCAAUGCAUAUGCUUUAAAAUUAAAAACCAUGUGGACUAUAGCAAAGACAUGGAAACAACUGAAUGCCCAUCAGUAGACAAUUGG